CAUGUAUCGCUUUACUGAGGGGUUUGUAAUAAUGUCGCUCCGUUUAUUUAUAUCGCAUAAUUAAUUCUUCCAUGGAGAGAAGCGUGCUGCCGAAACUUCAUUAGUCCUGAGUUUUGUCAAAGUUAGCUAAGUGGCGAAACUUAAUAAGUUUUUGAUAAUAUUAAAUAGCCUUAUGGCGGUUUGCGUUUUGCAUUGUAAGUCGAGUAGCAAAUGUGAAUCUGUCUAUGUUAAUCUUGCGUUUGCUGAUGGACGAAGGACACCAUAAUUAUAUCGCAUUUUACUACGCCCUAUAAACAUUUCCUAUGCGGCACAGGAACAAUCUUUUUAUCUACGGUAUAUGUAUCUACAUGUUUUUUUGGUAUCGGAAAAUGGAAAACGAAACGAGAAAUGGCUCUACGUGGACACUGCUUACACCGGGAGGCACACCGAUGGAUGGCUGCAAUCGCAGCUUACAACUGUUUUUCACAAACAACUACGGAGGCUGGGAAUGGAUUACCAAAAUAACCUUUCCGAUACUGCUAGCCAUUGGCACCGUGGGGAAUAUUGUUGGCAUUCUUAUUGCCUACCGAUGUAAACGAGGCUCCCAGCGCACAUUUUUAUUGUGCCUUUACUGCAUUAACCUCUUGUACUUAUGGAAUAACCUUAUUGUACUUAUUGGAAGCAAAACAUGGGAACCGGAUCCAAGUGAUGACACCAGUGUUUACAACAGUUUCUUUAUUCCAACCGGCGGAGUAUGGUUCUAUCUAUCAGAAGUGCUGUAUUUGGCAUCGCAAUGGAUACUGAUGAUGUUCUGUUUUGAUCGGUGUGUCGCAAUCGUCUUCCCGCUUUAUCAUUUCGCCAACUGGCAGCGCGGUUUUGGAGCAUUGGCCAUUACAUUAGCAUUUGCAGCCGCGGCUCUCAAUGCGCUUUUACUCCCGGUUACUUAUUACUGGAACCAACAAAAUUUUGAUUUCACCGUCAAUAGUUAUGUGAGAAAUAUGCCGGACUAUCUAUCCAGAUGGAAAGAAGUCGACGUAUGGUGGGAGGCUCUUUUUGGGAUCAUUGUGUAUAUCCUGAUAUUCAUGUGUAAUACCGUGCUGUUGUAUGCAUUAAAACAACGCGAGCGGCGCUGGUCAACCGAUUCGACUUCCGGUCUCGACAUUUCCGAUGCCGGGAAUAGCUCCAUACAAAAUUCAAAAGCCUUAUCGCUUAGCCCAACGUCCAGCGUACAUACGACGUAUGGUGCAAACAAGUCAUGGAUGGUCACGCGCUGUCCGCGAUCCUGUGCAGAAAUUUCCAAAACCCGAAUGCUCUUUGUCAGCUCUUUGUUCUACCUCAUCACACAGAGCCUUACCAUGAUUAUGCCGUUUUUGGAAAUUGCCAGCCAUCCACCGUUCUGUACAUUUAAUUUAACCAUGUCGUUCUUGAUACCAUGGGAUGCCAUUAGUUCAUUUUUGGUCAACAUAUACUUCUCUAUUGGAUUUAUAUUCCUUAUAGUGGUUGGACCAAUAGAACGCAAAAAGUUGUGCUUACUUUGUCCUUGAUCGAUUCUUCUUAUAGUUUGGGGGGACGGUAUACUCUGUACAUGCAUUGAUGUAAAUUCUAUUUUGCCAUCGUUUACCACAGGUGCAUAAGAAUGAUGCGACAAGUGAGUAACACAUAUGUCCGAGACUCCGAGGUACUGUU